UAUUAAGUCAUUAAAAAGGUUAUGGAAAGAAUUUAAUGUUAUUAGAUAAAAUUGAAUGUAAAAUGUCCGGUCCUAUGGUUUUAUGUCAAUUGUGGAUGGGCGGGCUUGAACCAUAUAUGACGGAAAGUUUUAUUAUGAAUGCAUUUCAUAACAUGGGUGAACAACCACAAACAGUUAAAGUAAUGAGAAAUAGAUAUACUGGUGAACCAGCUGGCUACUGUUUUGUUCAUUUUCCAACUGAUGAAAUGGCCCUUGAUGCUAUGCAUAAAUUAAAUGGAAAAAUUAUUCCAGGAUCUAGUCCACAAGUCAGAUUUCGAUUAAAUCAUGCAAGUACAACAGGAAAACCAGCAGCUGAAAGAGAGUACAGUAUUUGGGUGGGAGACCUUUCGACAGAUGUUGACGAUUAUUCAUUAUAUAGAACAUUUGCUGCAAAAUACAAUUCCAUUAGAACAGCGAAAGUAAUAUUGGAUAGUUCAAGUUUUAGUAAAGGUUAUGGUUUUGUUAGAUUUGCUAAUGAAGAUGAACAAAAGGACAGUUUGGUUACAAUGAAUGGAUACAGAGGUCUUGGAACAAGAUCAUUAAAAAUAUGUAAUGCAGUUCCUCGGCCAUGGAAUAAAGUGACAGAUUCAAAUUCUGCUCCUUCAUCCUCAGACUAUUCAUCAGGUAUGUCUUCUGAUGCUUAUAACUACUAUGAUACAUCCUCGUAUUGGAACAGUUAUAGUGCUUGGCAACAAGGUUAUUAUGAAAGUGAACCAACUUCAGAUGGAUACAGUAAUUAUGUAUCUGAUCGUAAACCUGAAGAAGAUGAGCUAGAACUUAUCGAUCACUCAAUUCCAGUAGAUGUAGAUAAGUUAAACAGGGAAAUUAUUGAACAAGAUUACAAUUUGUGGGAUGCUUUGGAAAGUUCAAAAUGGAUUCCCUGUGACACUUUAGAAUUAUGUUAUUGAUAUUUGGAUAAUACGUAAACUUAAGAUACUAAUCGUAUGUAUUG